UCAUCCUCCUCCUUUCUUCCUUUCAGUGAACGCGCAUCACUCGUGAAAAACGGCGCUUGAGACCCAGAAGUUUCUUGUCUCCGGGCUCGGCUCGAUUCGCUCCGCUCUCCCGUGAUUUUCUACCAUACUUCCCCGUUUCAUUUUUAUCCGCAUCUUCACUUUCUGGUUUUUUCCCCCCUCUCUCUCUCUGACUCGAGGACUCAGUCGGGGUGUACUGGCUAACACUGGGCGUAGCUGGAGAGGAUUUUGCUAGCUCGCCGCUGCACUGACUGACCCGACCUUGUUGUCUCCAGAAAGCCUGUAGACCUGUGGCCAUCCUGUGAGAUUUAAGUCACUCAGCCCUGCCCUGCAGAGACGGACCACUACCACUCUAGGGGAGAUGAAGCCGGAUGGGGUUGCCACGGCAGCACUGGAGCCAAUGGAAGCACUGGAAUCCAAUCCAGGAAAUGAGGCAGCACCAGCUGGACAGGAGCCCAACCAGGCAGCCAGUCUGGAGGAAGAGGAGAUGCCACAGCAGCCUGUAGGAGAGACGGGCCAGGUGGAACCCCAACCAGAACAGGCCAAGGAAACCCCGGCUGCUAAGACCAGCAACAAGACCUCAGGAGACUCCAAAGCCAAGACUACCAACAAGGCCACAGCCAAGACAAAACCUACCACCACCAACCCAUCCAAGACUACAUCUGGCUCACGGUCCAACACAUCCCAGAGCCGCCUCUCAAAUGGCGUGUCUAAGCCUCAGACCAAUGGCGUGGCUAAGAAAUCCACACCUGCUUCAGACAAAAAGAGCACCCCGACCUCAGCUCCCUCCAAAAAACCAACAGGCACAGCCGGAGCCCCAGCCUCGAAGAGCAAAGUGGGUGAGAAGAAAGCGACAGGGACAGCCCCAGCCAACAAUGGCGCAAAGUCAACGACCGGACCAACAGCAGCCAAGAGGACACCAUCCACAACUACUAACGGUGUCAAAACCAGCACCACUGCAGCUGCUGCUAAAAAGCCCCCAGCUCCCAAACCUGCCUCUGCGACUCCCACCAAGCCUAGCUCUGCUGCCUCACCUAAGCCUGAUAAACCCCCGGUUUCCAAGACAACCAGGCCAACAACCAGCACGUCAGCAUCAUCUCGCCCAACCACAGGCUCCACCCGGCCACCUACGACCAGCACAACCAAGAGCUCCCCAGCUACAGCCAAACCUGCCACCCCUAAAACCCCCUCUACCACAGCCAAACCUGCUGCAUCCAAACCAACCUCCACUACCCCCUCUGGUGGCAAACCUCCAGCAUCACAAACAUCCAGAAACUCAACCCCUGUGAAGAAAGAUGUUACCAAACCAGCCACGCCUGCAGCCAAAAAGCCUGCAGAUUCUCCCCUUACCCGUCCAUCUACGACAAAGUCGGCAAAACCUGAGACCCCCAAAUCAGCCUCAAAAUCAGAUGUCACCACCAAAAAGCCUACUACUAAGGCUGCAGACACAAAGACACCCAACCGCUCUAAAACACAAGAGAGUAAGCCCACGCUUUCCAAGGAUGCUUCCAAGACACCUGCCUCCAAAACAGCUGCAGCCAAGGCCUCCAGCCCCAAGAAGACUGUCGGCAGCAGCACCCCAACUCCUGUCAAACGUGGCCCCAAACCUGCAACAGUUGCUGAACCUGAAAAGGAAAUUGCAGCCGCCGUAGCUGCUGCGGCAGCCAUCGCUACUGCAGCAGCUGCCAUCGCCAGGCCAGAUGAAGCAGAAUCUCCUGCCGAGGUAGCUGUGGAGCCACCUGCUGCAACUCUGGAAGCAGUACAAGAAAAACCAUCAGAGCCCACACCAGAACAAGUCUCUGCACCAGUGUCAGAAUCAGUGCAAGAAGAAAUACCAGAACCCGUACGUGAACCAACACCAGAACCCAUACGGGAACCAACGCCAGAACCCGUACGUGAACCAACGCCAGAGCCCGUACGGGAACCAACGCCAGAGCCUGUACGUGAACCAACGCCAGAGCCUGUACGUGAACCAACACCAGAACCUGUACGGGAACCAAUGCCAGAGCCUGCACGUGAACCAACACCAGAACCCAUACGGGAACCAACGCCAGAGCCUGUACGUGAACCAACGCCAGAGCCUGUACGUGAACCAACGCCAGAACCUGUACGUGAACCAACGCCAGAGCCUGCACGUGAACCAACACCAGAACCCGUACGGGAACCAACACCAGAACCUGUACGUGAACCAACACCAGACCAAGUACGGGAAAUGUCUCCAGAACCCCCUGUAGAACCACUGUCUCAGCCGUCAGCAGAGCCAGAACUAGGAGCUGAACCAGUCUGUGAACCAGCCUCCAAUGUUAAGCUGUCACCCCAGCUGGACCUUUUCAAAUUCGAGGAGUCUGCUGAUGACUCGGUUCCCUCACUGGGAACCACUGUCAUGUCUCCUCCUUGUUCCCCACCAGGCCCUGUUUCUCCGGUCAGAGAGCCACAGAAUGCCUCCUCUCUGUUGGACAUGCAUAUCCAGUCUGAUCCCUGGUAUGACAGUGCUUCCCAGAGUGCAGUCCACGUGAUGAACUUCCAGACAGAAGAGGAAAAGGAGAAUAAAGAACACUUUGAGGCUGAGGAGACCAGGGAGGAGGAGGAGGAGGAGGAGGAGGAGGAGGAAGAGAAGGAGAAACUCUUCAUGCCUACCUCCACAGCUCCAUCUGCAGAGGCCUUUAACGUGAUGACACAACCUCACUCGCCCAUGGAUGAUUUCACCUCCGGGGACCUGAUCUCCCCUCAUGAAAAGGAGGAGGCAGUGGAGAAGGCUGAUGAAGAGAUCAAUGAUGAUGAUGAGGAGGAGGAAGAGGAGGACGAAGAUGAGGAACAGAGGAGAUUAGGCCACCAGCCUUCGUCCAUGAUCACUGACAUGAGCAUGUCUCAGGCCUCUGAGGAGUUCCAAGUCCGUUCCUCAGCCUUUGGCGGGUCAUCAGGCUGGCAUGGUGAUGACCUGCUAUCUGGGAUGGACUCUGAGGAUGUGAGCAGCUGUACCAGCAGUCGACAGCAGGGAGUCUCUGACCUCAGCAGCACCCAGCACACUGCAAUACUGGAGGGCACCCAGAGCUCAGACGCCCUGGUCGACUCAAGCCUCCGCGGCUCUGAGGGAGAUGGUAAUCUCAUGGGUUCUCCCAAUGUGGAAACCUUGGCCAAUGAGGAAGAGGAGGACGAGGAUGAAGAGGAUGAGCGGGUAGAUGAUAUGGACCUAAGUUCAGAGAGAGUAGAGGAGCAUCACAAGGUGUUCCAGCAGCAGGAACAAGAUGAGGAGGACGAUGAAGAUGUAGAGAUGCACAGUGAAGGUGUGACAGAGAGCUGUGGGAAUGCAGAUGAAGACGACUUCAAUGAGGAGGAGCGUUUGGACAACCUCAACCGCUCUGUUCCUCCACCUUGUGUGCCCCCAGCCUCCACCUGGGGUCAGACCAACCCCUUCUCUGAUACCUGGGGUCAGCCAGCCUCACUGCUCUCUGUGUCCUCUCCCAGCCCUGUGUCUGACCAUGGUGCAGCUGAAUCUGAAACACCAACUCAGUCUCCUGCCCAGGCAUAUUUGGACAGCAGUGCCCCUUCCUUUGCUCCUCAGUCAGAACCUGAGCACCAGCAGCACCAGUCAGCCUAUGAGGAGAUGAAGGGUUCAGUUCCAGAGGAGGCUCACGUCCCUCUUGCUGCCCCAGCUGUAGGCAUGUCUCAGUCCAGCACUCUGAGUGGCACAGGUCUGGCUGUCCACAGCAGCAGCGAGACAAGCACGCCAGAGGAGCUCCGCGACUACGACAGCAGCUCUGGGGUGGAGUCCCGUUCAGACAAGCAGCAGACCCCAGUGCCUGCUUCAGUCCAGCCUGACAUGGAGCAGGACCUGGGUAUCCACCUGGAGAAAGGUGAUGGAGAAGAAGAGGAGGCUGAGACACUCCCUGCUGAUGAGGUCCUAGGAACAGGACCCCCAACUGCUCCAGCAUCCGCCCCAUCUUCCCCCUCCACCUCAGGAGAUGAGGCCAGUGAUACAGAGGGUGAGAUGCAAAUAAAUGACCCAGAUGCGCCUGUGAUGAUGGGUGAGAGUGCUGGAUUUGAAAGUCCUCCCCCCACCUGUAAUCUGCCAGCUCUUGAGGAGGACGAGGAGGUGGGCGACACACCCGUCGGAGAGGGGGAAGAGGAUGGAGGCGGUGCCACCCCUCAGUCAGCCAACUCCGUGGCAUCUUACGGCUUUGACUGCACCACAUCCAACUCCAACGCCCACUCCAUGGCUGAGAGCUGCGGAAAGAGCCCAGGUAUCUUCUCCCUGGAGAACGAGGAACAGCUGCCUGAGGAGGCCAAGGACCCCUCACUCAUCAAGGAGCUGACCCUUCCAUCAGCCGCUGCCGCUGCCCAGGCCGAGGACCUGCUGGGUAGACCCGUGGACCUGAUGCCUUUGGGUUUCCCGGGAGACAUCCAGCCCGGUCUAGAUGAGCACUACAUGCUGGGGGGAAAGGUCGCAGCAGAUCACCUUGGAGAAGUCAAUCCGUUGGAGCCCAGUCACCACCUUGGGGUCCUGGAAUCUGGAGACACCGACGACAGCCAGCCACCAUACUACUCAACCAUUUGUGAUAAGACUGAUAGUUUUCUGGCAGGUAAUGUAUAAGUCCCUCCUAUUACCCCCCGGAAUGCACCUUUUCCCCGCAACCCUCCCCUUUUACCUGUUGUUUGUUUUCUCUCCAGUUGGGUUAGAUGGCUUGAAUGCAAGAAUGUAGGAAAAGAUUUUAAAAAAAAAUAAACAAAGGAGAUGGAAAAAAAAAAUGACUGUAGCAAUUUUUAAAUGAAGCCUCCCACUUUCAUACUGUUAUGGUCAUGGUUAUGAGUGUAUGGCUUAAACUCCUUUAUGUACAAUAGCUACUACCAUUUUCUAGUAGAAUAUUCUUUUUAAGUAACACUGCAUAUUCUGUAGCCCCUGAUGGGGUAUUGACUGAUUGGUCCAAUGUGACUGAGCUUUUAAACCGAAAAAAGCAAGAAAAAAAAAAAAACAAACACAGAUGGAAUGAAAUGGACUCAUUG